UCAGUGUAACCACCACCAAGUACCAUGUGUUGGAAGCAGGAACUCCCCGCGUCGCACGUGCCUCUUGAAAGAAAUUGAGGCAUAUAUAAGAAAGGACCCCCACACACUUACACAUAUAUAAAGAACGAAAAAUCCACUAACAGCAGCAAGCUUAUCUCUGCAGCAUUGAACACCAAUUGAACACCAAUCUGCAGCAUUGAACACCAAUUCAACGCCAAUGGGUCAUGAAGAGAAAAAAUCCCAAGAAAACAAAGUGGAGGAGAAAAAAGUAGAAGAAGAAGAAAAGAAAGAAGAAGAGAAAAAAUCAGAUGAGAAGAAAUUCAAGGAGAAAUCUGCGCCGCCAGAAAUCGUGCUUAAAGUGUUCAUGCAUUGUGAAGGUUGUGCUCGCAAGGUUCGUCGCUCCCUCAAAGGAUUCCCAGGGGUCGAAGAUAUACUCACAGAUUGUAAGUCUCACAAGGUGGUCGUGAAAGGAGAAAAAGCGGAUCCGCUGAAGGUUCUAGAGAGAGUACAGAGGAAAAGCCAUAGAAAGGUUGAACUUCUCUCUCCGAUUCCAAAGCCACCCGCGGAGGAGGCGAAAAAACCCCAGGAGGAAGAAAAGCCCAAACCAGAGGAGAAUAAACAAGAGCCUCAGGUUAUCACGGUUGUUCUUAAAGUUCACAUGCAUUGCGAAGCUUGCGCCCAGGAAAUCAAGAGACGCAUCGAGAAAAUGAAAGGGGUGGAAUCAGCGGAACCGGAUCUAAAGAAAUCGGAGGUGAGCGUGAAGGGGGUGUUCGAGACAGCGAAGUUGGUAGAGCACGUGUACAAGAGGACAGGGAAGCAUGCAGUGAUAGUGAAGGAAGAGCCAGAGAAGAGAGAAGAAGAAGAAGAAGAAGCAAAAGAAGAGAAGAAAGCAGAGGAAGAAGGUGAGAAGAAGAAUGAGAAGGGGAGUGGUGAGGGAGAAGAAAACAAGGAGAAAAAGGGAGAGGGUGAAGCCAAAGCAGAAGAGGAAUCCAAAGAAGAAACCGCAGUGUUGGAGCUGAAAAAGAGUGAGUAUUAUUACAACCCACCACCGAGGUAUGGCAUGGAGUUCUAUGCCUCCUACCCUGGACCAUCGUACCCGCCUCAGAUCUUCAGUGAUGAGAACCCCAAUGCCUGUUCUGUCAUGUAAAAAUGGUGGAAUGUCAGGGGUAAUACUGGAACUUUGGGGGAAUUAUGGAAUUUGAGUGAGUGAUUGAUUGGCAUUGCCUCCUGAGAUAGAUGUGCCCUACUCCUUCUUCUUCUGUACUUUUCCCCUAAUAUCAAAAAGUUAAAUGAAAUCUACAGAUAAGCUGUAGAGUUUUGUAAUGCCUCUACUUUUUUCCUAAAUUGUUGUUAAUAUGUAUAUGGAAAUAUAAGUGAAAGUAAUUACAGUUCUUCUUUUAUUA